CUUUCAGCUUUGAUACUAUUCUUACUAUUCAAUUACGUCUUGCCCUUGAUUUAAUCCAGACCACCGAAGCCAUGGAAAACGACUCCACAUUCACUCUCUACAACUAUAACCCGUCGGGAGUUGCGGCGAUCAUCUUCGUCGUUCUCUUUGGAUUAACCACUUUGGUGCACAUUUUCCAAAUGAUCCGGAGCCGUUCAUGGUUCUUCAUUACUUUCAUUAUCGGAGGAAUCUUUGAAGCUGUUGGUUACGUCGGUCGCUAUCUUAACUCGCAAGAAAGUCCCAAUUGGACAACAACCCCAUAUGUCAUGCAAUCACUCCUGCUCCUCAUCGCGCCAGCAUUCUUCGCUGCAUCAAUCUACAUGAUCCUUGGCCGCUCGAUUACUUCCACGGGUCACGACUCGCUUUCUCUCAUCCCAGUCAAGUGGCUGACCAAGAUCUUUGUCUGCGGAGAUGUGAUCUCGUUCCUCGCCCAAUGUGCUGGUGGUAGCUUUCUUUCCUCCGCAAAGACCCUGUCCAAAAUCACUCUCGGACAAAACAUCAUCAUCGCCGGUCUUUUCAUACAGAUUGCCUUCUUCGGGGUUUUCGUUGUUGCUGCUGGCGUGUUCCAUUACCGACUCUGGAAUUCCCGUGACUACCUGCCCAUAUCUUCUAUCAAGGUGCCCUGGCUGAAGUGCUUCUUUGUCCUAUACACGGCUAGUCUGUUCAUCAUGGUCCGGUCUAUCUUCCGUGCCAUUGAGUAUAUUACAGGUACAGAUGGUCCGCUCAUGUCAACGGAGGUGUACCUGUAUAUUUUUGAUGCUGCUCUGAUGUUCCUGACUAUGGUUACCUUCAACAUCUUCUCUCCGAAGGCAUUGGUGACUUCUCGAUCGGCUACACGUGACAUUGAGUCUCGAGCGAGUAACAGUGAAAUGGUCGAUAUUAGAAAUUGCGAUGAAACCAGGCCGCAUUGUAACAACUGUGUCAAGCACGGAAUCCAAUGUCUUUUUGACGAGGGUCCAGGGUCCGCCAGGCAGUCAGGGUCUCCUUCAAUUCUCAGCACUUCCAGCGCCCAAAGUCCCGUCUGCUCAGGGGAGAACACCCCACCAAUGGGCAUGCCCGAGAUGGCUCUACUCCACCACUUCUCUACUUCAACCUGCUAUACAAUUUCACGUAACCCAAUUUUGCACACAGUAUGGCAAAUCCGGAUUCCACAAGUCAGCUUUUCGUCACCAUUUGUAUUCCGCGCCAUUAUCGCUCUUUCCGCGCUGCAUCUGGCUCAUAUGAAGCCCGAAUUCCACGACCAUUAUGUCUCCCAAGCCGAGCUUCACCAUAACACCGCCUUGCAGAUGGUGUCUGCCAUCCUCCCAAACGUCAAUAAGGAGAACUGCCAAAGCAUAUAUCUUUUUUCGAUCCUGACCUGCAUUAUCUCCUGCGCGAAGCCGCGCAUCAGACACGAUUUCUGGGCAAAUAGUGAUCGAGACAUCGAGUGGUUGACCCUCUUUCGUGGCACAACACACAUAAUAAUGUCAUCAGAUAAUUCCCUCAAGACAGGCCUACUAGCACCGAUGUUUGCUAUAGGCCACCGCAAAAAGCUAGCUCGGGAUGCGAGAUCAGACAGGCCCACGCCGCCGUUUCUUCUCGUUUUGAAACAGCUCUUGCAAGAUACAGUUCAGGAUCGCGAUGAGUUGGAAUGCUAUCAUAAAUCAAUCGAUGAUAUGGCAAUGUCAUUCGCGACAGUUGACGAAAUUGGCUCAAAUAACUGCGAGACUUCUGAUAUAUUUAUUUGGUUAUUGAGAGUUUCGGAUCAGUAUUUCGCCUACUUCCAGCAGCGCACACCUGAAGCCAUGGUGAUUUUUGGAUAUUUCUGUGUUGUCAUGAAAGAGAUGGAAUGGGCCUGGUGGAUGCAGGGGUUUAGUGUCCAUACUAUCAGUGGUAUAUACUAUCUUUUGGAUGAGGAGCAUCGUUGCUGGUUACAAUGGCCCAUGCAACAGGUGGGAUGGGUUCCAUGA